AUGAUUACAAGCCGAACUGCUCGCGUACUUCUGCUGCCACGAUGUCGACCGCUAAGGUGCAAUCGCCAGCUUUACCGUGAUUUCCGUUCAAGUCAUGGAGUCAAAGAGCGGCAAUCGCCGCCAGUUGACGGUUUGCAGGCCAAUGUCGCAGGCACUCAGCUGAAAAUCGUCGAACCCACACCGUCAUCCCUUCGUCCAUACAGCUCCCACUUCCAUAGACCCAAAGAGGAUCAUUUCUCUGAGAAUGUGGCGAAAACGCUGUGCCCUGAGAGUUUUGAAGAGCUGCUUCCUCACAUUGACACCUUCAUUUUCGACGCUGACGGUGUCCUCUGGCUUGGGGAUGAGGUUAUUCCUGGUUCACCUCGGCUAGUUGACUUUCUCGUUAAAAAUAAUAAACGAGUAAUUAUGCUUACAAACAACGCCACUAAAUCGCGGGCACUUAUUGCGGAAAAAAUUGCAAGGCUUGGAUACAGUCCUGAGCUGAAUAAAGAUACAGUGGUCAAUCCAGCUGCAGUUAUCGCCGACUCCUUGCACAGAGCUGGCUUUGCUGGAUACAAAAAAGUCUAUCUGAUAGGAUCUCAAGGGGUGCGUGACGAGAUGGAUGCCCUUGGUCUCGAGUAUUUUGGCCAUGGUCCAGAACCUCUGGAUCCUUCCGAUGAACGAACCUACCUGGUGAAAGCUGCAAACUACCUCAAACAGCCACAUUGCCUUUUCCUGGCUACAAACGAAGAUGAGACAUGCCCAAGUCCGGAUCCAAACGUUAUCAUACCCGAUGCAGGUCCCAUAGUGGCUGCGGUUCGAUGUGCAUCUGGCAGGGAGCCCCUUACCAUCGGAAAGCCCAACAGUCCGAUUUUCGACUUUAUAAGAAGGCGAUGGAAUAUCGACCCGGAACGAACGAUGAUGAUCGGUGACAGAACAAAUACCGAUGUGAAAUUUGGUCGCGAUCACGGGAUGCGAACGUUGCUGGUGUUAUCGGGAUGUCACCAAAUCGAAGACAUCAUGGAGAAUCACCGAAAUGGCCUACUCGACAUGAUGAAAACUACUGACUCUACUGCAGUUCGCAACUGCAUGCUCAGCUCUCCUGCUUAUAAAUCGAAAGAUGGUCAUUUCUCAGAGGACAUUACAAAACCUCUGGGCCCUGAAAGUUUCCGAGAGCUGUUACCCGAUAUCGAUACGUUCAUCUUCGAUGCCGAUGGUGUCCUAUGGCUAGGAGACGACGCUAUCCCUGGUUCGGUUCGACUAAUUGAUUUUCUCGUGAAAAUCAAGAAGCAGGUGAUCAUACUCACGAACAACGCCACCAAAUCCCGAGCCGUUUAUGCGAAGAAACUGGCGAGGCUUGGAUUCAGCUCCAAGCUGGACGAGGACUCACUGGUCAAUCCAGCUGCCGUUAUUGCCGACACCUUGUACCGAGCUGGUAUUACCGGUAACAAAAAAGUCUACCUAAUAGGAGCUCAAGGAGUACGCGAUGAAAUGGAUGCACUCGGUAUUCAGUACUUUGGACAUGGCCCAGAGCCACAGGACCAUUCCGAUGGGAGUGCCUUCAUGUUCGACAUCGAGUUGGAGGAAGAUCCUUCCGAAGUGGGUGCGGUAGUUGUUGGAUACGAGAAGCACUUCGACUACCACAAGUUGAUGAAGGCCUCGAACUACCUUCAGCAUCCACAUUGCCUCUUUUUGGCUACAAAUGAGGAUGAGACAUGUCCAGGUCCUAACCCAGAUAUCAUUACUCCCGAUGCAGGUUUGUCCACUCACUUCCUUCCCUUCACCCCUACCCCGAACCGUCCCAUUCCAGGACCCAUCGUAGCCGCAGUCCGAUGUGCUUCGGGAAGGGAACCUAUUACUGUUGGAAAGCCCAACACUCCAGCUUUCGACUACAUCAGAAGGCGAUGGAGAAUUAAUCCUGAGCGGACAAUAAUGGUCGGCGACAGGACAAAUACCGACAUCAAAUUCGGUCGCGAUCACGGGCUGAAGACUUUGCUGGUGCUUUCGGGUUGCCAUCAACUCGAAGAUGUCACCGACAAUCGCAUUCAUGGCGAUUUUGAUAUGCCGCUAUGCCCCGAAAGUUUUCGGGAGUUGCUUCCCCACAUCGACACUUUUAUUUUCGACGCCGAUGGUGUGUUGUGGUUGGGCGAUGAUGUAAUCCCCGGAUCACCUCGGUUGGUCGAUUUCCUCAUCAAAAGCCGCAAACGAGUAAUCAUUCUCACGAACAAUGCUACGAAAUCGCGAGCUGUCUAUGCGAAGAAACUUGCAAGACUCGGCUUCAACCGCAAGUUGGACAAGAACUCCCUUGUCAAUCCCGCAGCCGUCGUCGCGGACGCCCUGGAUAGAGCAGGUCUAGCUGACAACAUGAAAGUUUACCUGAUUGGUGCUCAAGGAGUACGAGACGAAAUGGAUGAUCUUGGUAUCGAGUAUUUUGGACAUGGUCCAGAACCCCAGGACGACUCCGAUGGGAGUGCCUUCAUGUUUGACAUUGAACUCGAAGAAGACCCUUCCGAUGUUGGAGCAGUGGUCGUUGGAUAUGAGAAGCAUUUCAACUACCACAAACUGAUGAAGGCUGCCAACUAUCUCCAGAAGCGGCACUGCCUGUUUCUAGCCACAAAUGAAGAUGAGACAUGUCCAGGUCCCAAUGCUGAUGUGGUUACGCCUGAUGCAGGACCACUGGUGGCUGCUGUCCGAUGUGCUUCUGGCAGGGAACCAAUUACUGUCGGGAAACCCAACACUCCAGCUUUUGACUACAUAAGAAGACGAUGGAACAUUGAUCCCGAACGGACUUUGAUGGUGGGCGACAGGACAAACACCGACGUGAAAUUCGGUCGCGAUCACGGAUUGAAGACGCUGCUUGUGUUGUCGGGUUGCCAUCAGCUUGAAGAUAUCCUGGACAAUCACAGGAAUGGCUCACUCGAUAUGGUGCCUGAUUACUAUACAACCUGUUUGGGAGCUUUACUACCACAUCGGGAUUAUGCAUGA